UUCGCCUUUGCAAACUUUUCAGAAAACAAAAAGACAUGGACUAGAAAGAGAAUUUUAUGCGCAUUUCGAAUAUGAACUUUGUUUUGAAAUACACCCUUUUCUUCAUCCUGUGGAUGCAAUUCUUUUUAAGAAAAAAAGAAAUGUAUUUUAUUUUCUCUGAUGUGAGACGUCCGUUCAAAAAACAACUAUAUUAUCUAUGAACAUUUUCUCGUUUAUAACGUGUACUAAUGUGUUCAAAUGUUCGCAUUCGAUUUAUUACCGAUUGAAAUUCUGUUCGAAAUUCUAGACUACUUAUCCAUAUGGGAUAUUGUCAGUUCUCUAAUUGAACUGAACGAUAAUCGUAUUCAAACAAUUAUUUUUAAUCGUAAAUAUUUACUUCAAUUUCCGAGUAUUUCAUACACAAACUUUUGUUGCCAUUUUUUUCAACAAUAUUUCUCAAUUGCUCAUUUAAUAUCAACUAUUCAAUUAGACAAUGACGAUAUUGUUGCCAGUCAACUAUUCAUUCGUUGGUUUGAUAAUAUUCAAUUAUUUCCUAAUUUGAAAAAACUUGUACUGAUUGAAAUAGAUUUCUGGCCAAACGUACUAUGUGAGUUACUGAAAGAAUUUGAAUUAUAUCAUGAUCAUCUUUGUGAAUUAGAAAUUAUAUUUCAUCGUUUUGAAUUAAAUUAUCUGCAUACAAUUGAACAAAUAGUCAUCAACGAGAUCUCAUUUGAUAAAAUGACGUUCAAAUGUCUAUAUAAUGUGGAUUAUCAUCAAACUUAUGAUCACAAUUUAUAUCGACUUUUGAAUGCUAAUGAUACUGUGCUGGUCAAUGUUGUUCAACUGACAAUAUCAUUGCAGGAUUAUUCCGAAUUUGUUUCAUUAUUAUUAACAUUACCAAAUAUCGAAUAUUUGAAUGUUACAUUUUAUCUUGCUCAUCUCGUUUGCAAGACAAUCAGCAGCAGCUUAUAUGCACGAUUAAACGUUCAGUAUCUGAAACGUUUACAAAUGAAAAAUAUUCAUUUCAGUAACAUUAUCAUGUUACUAGAGAAUGCAUCGACAAUUGCAAACCAAAUAGAAUGGUUGACAUUAUUAAAUGUAUUUGACGACAAAACAUCAAGCAGUGGUGAGUAUUCUAUUUGCUAG